GAUUUAUCGGCCAGGUAGCAAAGUGCGUGUUUUUGGAGAUGGGAGGAAGCCGGAGUACCCGGAGACAACCCACGCAGUCACGGGAAAAACAUGCAAACUCAACACAGAAAGAUCCCUCGUUCCGGAAUGGAACCUAGGACAUUUUCUCUGUGAGGCGCGAGCGCUAACCACUGGAUACUGAACCCACGUAGUACAUCCAAGCGGAACCCCCCACCAACAAGUCUCUAUCCAGCCUCGUGGUCCAGUUGCUCCAAUUCCAAGAGGAGGUGUUUGGCCGACACGUCAGCAACCCCCCGCUCACCAAGCUGCCUAUGAAAUGUUUCCUGGACUUCAAGGCUGGAGGUGCGCUCUGCCAGAUCCUGGCUGCUGCCUACAAGUUCAAGAGUGACCAAGGAUGGCGCAGGUUUGACUUCCAGAAUCCGUCUAGGAUGGACCGGAAUGUGGAAAUGUUCAUGACGAUUGAGAAGUCCUUAGUGCAGAACAACUGCUUGAGCAGACCAAUCAUCUACUUGAGUUCUGACAUAGAGCCAAAACUGCUUGGGAAGCUGAAGGAUAUCAUCAAAAGACAUCAGGGCUCAGUGACUGAAGACAAAACCACCAGCUCUCAUGUUGUUGUUCCUAUUCCCGGCAGCUUGGAGGAAGAGGAGUGGGUUCGCCCCGUGAUGAAGAGGGACAAGCAGACGCUUCUUCACUGGGGAUAUUUUCCCGACAGCUACGACACCUGGAUCCCAGCCAGCGAGGUCGAGGCCUCCGUGGAGGACGCCCCCAGUCCAGAGAAGCCCAGGAAGGUCCACGCAAAGUGGAUUUUAGACCUGGACCAGUAUAACGAGUGGAUGAACGAGGAGGACUAUGAAGUGGGGGAGGGCUGCCACAGGAGGAAGAAGAUAUCUGCCAAGACGCUCACGGACGAAGUGACCACUCCUGACGAGCGGAGGGACAAGAAGCCCGCCAGUGCCAAGAAGAGGAAACGCUCGCCGUCACCGUCUCCCACGCCGCCACCUCAGGAGAGCAAGAAGAAGAACGCCAAGAAAGCGCCGACGACGCCAUACACUAAAUCCAAACGGGGCCAGAGGGAAGAGGAGCAAGAGGAUCUCAGCAAGGACACAGACGAAGCCUCGCCUGUUCCAGCAUCUGAAGAUGGAACCCCGGCCAAGACGAAUAGCACCAAGAAGGACUCUGAUUCAACCCCAGUCAAGGGAGGAACAGAUAUGGACGAACAAGAAGACGAGUCAAUGGAAGUAACAGGAAAGGAGGAAGAAGAAGGCUCCCCGAGUGUGAAGGGAGAACCGGUCAAAGGCUCGGACCUUCACGAGGACAACGUGACUGAACAGACGCAUCACAUUAUCAUACCAAGCUAUGCUGCCUGGUUUGACUACAACAGUGUUCAUGCUAUUGAGCGCAGAGCCCUUCCAGAGUUCUUCAAUGGAAAGAAUAAAUCCAAAACUCCAGAGAUAUACCUAGCAUACAGGAACUUCAUGAUUGACACUUACCGACUGAACCCUCAGGAGUAUUUGACCUCCACCGCCUGCCGCAGGAACCUGGCUGGAGAUGUCUGCGCUAUCAUGAGAGUCCACGCCUUCCUAGAGCAGUGGGGACUGAUCAACUACCAGGUGGACUCAGAGAGCCGGCCCACGCCCAUGGGCCCCCCGCCCACCUCCCACUUCCAUGUCCUUGCAGACACUCCAUCCAGUCUGGUGCCCCUGCAGCCAAAGACAUCCCAGACGCCUGCCGCCCAGCAGAUCAUGUCCUUCCCAGAUAAGGUGAAGGAUAAACCAGCAGACCUGCAGAACUUUGGACUGCGAACUGACAUGUACAGCAAGAAAAUCAUCUCCUCAAAGAGCAAGAGUGCGGCGAGCUCCAUGAGGGAGUGGACAGAACAGGAAACACUAUUACUGCUUGAGGGACUGGAGAUGUACAAGGACGACUGGAACAAAGUGUCGGAGCACGUGGGCAGCCGUACGCAGGAUGAGUGUAUCCUGCACUUCCUCCGCUUGCCCAUUGAAGACCCGUACCUGGAGGAGAGUUACUCGUCCCUGGGACCGCUGGCCUACCAGCCGGUGCCUUUCAGCCAAGCAGGAAAUCCUGUCAUGAGCACAGUGGCGUUCCUCGCCUCCGUCGUGGACCCUCGCGUGGCCUCGGCUGCUGCCAAAUCCGCUCUGGAGGAGUUUUCUCGCAUGAAAGAGGAGGUCCCUGCGGCCCUCGUGGAGGCUCAUGUGCGGCGGGUGGAGGAUGCGGCGAGGGUCAGCGGCCGGCCGGACCCGCUGUACGGACUGGAGGGUAGCGGUAUCGCCGGCACAGGCCUGGAGGAGGGCGAGAGGCCUGACGAAAACAGCGAGGAGAGUAAGAGUGACAAUCAGUCCAAUGAAGAGAAGAAGGAGGCCAAGGACAGCAAAGAUGGAGCGACUGAGGACGAAGAGAAGGUGGCAGAGAAUGGCAAGAAAGAAGAGGAGCGAGGACGAGAAGCUGAAGGCGAGAGAGAGGCGGACAAAGCAGAGUCUGACAUGGGUGACGGCGAGAAGGAGAAAGCUGUGAGAGAGGGAGCAGAGGAAGGACAGAGAGAAGGCGAGAGCGAGGGAGAGAAGAAGGCCAAGGUGGAGCGGGAUGUGGGCGAGGGGAACCUGGCCACCGCUGCGGCGUCGGCGUUGGCGGCGGCGGCGGUCAAAGCCAAGCACCUGGCUGCGGUGGAGGAGAGGAAGAUCAAAUCUCUGGUGGCGCUCCUGGUGGAGACGCAGAUGAAGAAACUGGAGAUCAAACUGCGACACUUCGAGGAACUGGAAACCAUCAUGGACAGAGAGAGAGAGGCUCUGGAGUACCAGCGACAGCAGCUGCUGGCCGACCGCCAGUCCUUCCACAUGGAGCAGCUGAAGUACGCCGAGAUGAGAGCUCGCCAGCAGCACUUCCAGCAGAUCCAGCAUCAGCAGCACAACCAAGGCGGCGCCGCUCAUCCCGGCCAGGCCGCCUCGGCCACGCCCUCCCAAGGCCCGGCCUCGGCUCAGCAAGCCACCGGCACGUCUGCGCCGCAGCUCGCCCCCAGCCCUGCGCCGCCGGCCUCCGCGGGCCCGCCUCCUGAGGCCCAGCCGGCUCCGAGUGCCCACACGUCACCCCCGCGGCCCCCGGGCCACUCCGGCGCCAGCAGCACUCCUGCAGUCCACGCCCGCGCUCCCACCAUCCAAAACACUCCAACUUUCCUCAGCAGUGAGAGACUCGCCACAACCACAACACAUUCCACGCACUUACACCCCUUUUUUAAAACUCCACAUUGGACAAUGUAGAGGAAUAAACGUCCAAAAAAAAGAGCGACGUCAUGUAGGUUGUCGCUCACACAUGACCAACUCUUUUUCAAAAUGAUUUCACACUUUGAUACCAGACUUGUGUCGGACUAAACCCUCCAGGAAUUUGCCAUGGCGCCAAUUUUAAAUUCAAUCACUGCAACUUAUUCAUACUCGCGAUGUUCCGAUCCGGGUUUAUGCUGUCUACCAAUAGUUAAAUCAGCCAAUAUCGAUACCGAUUACAUGUAUUAACUGUACAUUUUUACGUUUAUUUAUAGUGAGCGUUAUCAACAGUUCAACAAUGUCUACACAAUAUUAUGGCAAGUUCCUCAUUCUGGUUAAUAGUGACGUGCCGAUCGAUACUGAAAUAUCAAUACUGCCGAUACCAGAUCUUUAUGCUCUAAUAUUGAUUCUCAAAUCAAAAUAUCGAUACUUUUGAUACUUUAGUGCAGUUGUCCAAACUUUUUCCACCAAGAAGACAAAGUAUGCAGGGGCCAUAUUGAUAUAUAUAUAUUUUUUUUUUAACAGGUAUUGUGUCAGCUUUGUAUUAUUUGGGGACUAAGAAUAUUCUAAUAAAUGAUUCGUUAAAACAACAAUUUUUCUUACAUUUUUACCGUUUUUCUCAUGUAAGAAUGGAAUACAAAUAUUAAUAAUACAAUUAUGUAACUGCAUCAUCUAGUGUGCCAAAAAUUCUGCCUGUAAUAAAAAAAUAAUAUUCAGUUACUGUACACAUUUAUCAGUGUUAAUUAAUUCAUAACCUGGUAUUAUUUUAUUUUUAGUUUACUAACUAAACUUUAGUUAUAUUUUAUUUUUUAUUUUGAGAGCUUCUAAUAUUUUAGAUCAGGGGUGUCUUAACUUUUUCCACCAAGGGCCGCAUACUGAAAAGUCAAGUAUAUUGGGCCCAUUUUGAUAUUUUUUUUAAUCAAAGAAAAAUGCUUAAAUUAAAGAAA